AUUUUGUGUAUUCCAAAUAACAAAGAAGUUUUCAAGUUGAUCCGAUGAUGUAAGUUUUGGGAAGGGGAAAUGGCUAUAAGAGAAUGAUUGAGAUAUGAAUGAACAUAGUAAUAGUAAUAAUAAUAAUAACAAUAGUAGUAGUAGUAGUGCUGGUGAAGAUGCAAGUCCAGGAGAAACUAUAGGAAAUCCAACUAACCCUAAAAUUCGAGUUCUAUCGGUGACACUUGAGACACAAGAGUCAAAGAAAGACGAGGAAGGAAGCUUGAAAAGUCUUGAACCCGCCGCUGGUUUAGUGGAGUGGGUAGAGUGGGCGUUUGUCAAGUUACAACAAGGAGUGGAUUUCAAUGAGCGUAUGAGAACCAACAAAGAGUUUCGGAAUCCGGGUAUAUUAGAAAAAAUGGUUGCGUAUUGUGAGUUGGAUGAACUGGGAACCAACUUUGACCGCACUGUGUUUGAUCCAAAGAGUUAUGAUCCUUCAGAGUAUUAUGAUGUGCUUGCAGAGAAACAACGACUACUUGCAACGAAAGAAGCAUUGAAUCCUAAAGGGUCCAAGAAGGAGGAACAAGGAGAUGCUCGUUCUUCUUGGAAAGAAAGAAAAGUACGCUCAACCCAAAGUAGAUGGGAUAGGACAAAAAGUUACCGUAACUAGCUGUAUAUUAUUUAUUUGGUACGGAAAGUGGUUGGUAUGGAGUUGCAGUUUCUAGUUGAAUAACAAGAAUGAAGAAUGAGGAGGAGAAUAAAGCGUAAGAGGCGGAAAGUUAUUCAUAAUAGACUCAUACAUUCUAUGAAUAUAUGUGUGUAGGAAACA